AUGAACCAACCUGUCAUCCUUUAUGCCUUAGAACGGCGCCAAAACGGCGCCAAGAAUGUGUUUCUCACUAAGUCAGAUGUAGAGGGCAUCAUCCGGAUCAAGCAGGGCGACCAGCAGGCGCCCUCAGGCCGGCGGCGGCGGGGUGCGGGAGGGGGGGCGGCAGUGCAGGGCGGCGCCAAGAACUACAGCAAGAAGGUGCUGCAGUUCUUCCAGGUGCUGAAGGGCGCUGGCGGUCAGGACAUCCUGUGCCGCUGCGUCAAGCGCAGCGGAGAGUGGCGGUGGUGCCCCGUGGUGCCGCUCGAGGAGCUGCCCCGAGUGAUCAAGGAGCACCACGAGCGGGCGACUGGCUUCAGCGGUGUGGAGAAGCUGUACACACAUCGCGGCAAAGUGGGCAAGCAGCUGGGCCGCAACCGCAUCGUGUGCCGCGUGGUGGAGAUCAAGCGGCCCUUUGGCGUGACCAUGUACCGGCUGCGGAGCGGAGCUGGAGUGGUGGAGGGUAUGCAUCAGGCCAGCAGGCUAUCUAAGGCGCCACCCAGCCUGGCCAGCGAGCUGACCUUCAGCGGCACGGCGCAGCGAGGAGUGCCUGUGGUGUCUCUCAAUGUGGCGAUGGCGGCGCAGCCCGGCGGCGGCAAGGCAGCCGUGCGCUGCGGCUGCCGCGGCGCCUGCACCCGGAACUGCAGCUGCAAGAAGAAUGUCCCGUCGAGCGCCGCCGGGCACCAGCAGACGCUGCUGCUGCUGUUUGCCCAGGAUGCGGGAGCACCUGCGUCUGCACGCUUUCUGCAGCUGUGCCCCGGGUUUGAGCAGCCGCAGAGCGGGACAAGAGUGGUGCAGCUGCAGCCUUGUGCAACUACGCGCGUGCUGCUGCGCGGCUGGUAUCAGACGGUGCCAUUGUCGCUAUACGGCUACCCACUGGAGACGGCGAUGAGCGCUUCGCCCCCCCUCCCCCAGCGCCGCCUGACUCUGGCAGCUGCGCUACAGUGGCUCCAGCGGCAGCAGCAGAGGGAGUUGGUGGUGGCACAAGCAAACGCUGCAUGCUGGCGGCAUGCGCCGCUGCAACCAGCGGUUGCAGCAGUGCUGUCCCAGCUCGUGGCGUACUGGGAAGUGGUGGGCACCUCGGAGCGCCUCAUGGCACUCACCCCGCCGCCCACCACGCUAUUCGAAACUGCGGCCACUGUGGCCGACUCGGUGUGCGCGCAGCUGGUGGCUGGCAAGUUUGGGCUUGAGCCAGUGCCGCUGGCGGCUGCGCCAGAGUCGCAGCAGCAGCCGCCACAGCAGCAGCAAGCCAAAGAGCCGGAUGGGGGCCACGCGGCAAUGGCAGAUGCUGCAGAGUCUGAUGCAGCAGGGAAGGAUGUUGAAGGCCAGCUGCAGCCUGCAGUGGCAGCUGCUGCAUCCAGCACUACCGUAGCAGCAGCUUCGCAGCACAGUGAUAACCUGCUGGAUGCAGCGGCAGACUUGGUGCUGGGGUGGUGUGGCAUGCUUGGCGCAGGCGCUGCAGGGCGCACCAGUGCGGCAGUGCGUUGCAGCAUGGUCGGUCUGGCAGCAGCAGUGCUGUUGUGCAGCUGCGGUACAGGCGCGCGGCGGAUGGUGGCACGGUGGGGUGUGGUGCUGCUGGACGAUGUGAUGACGAUGCCGGCGCCUGGCCCAGCAUCCAAUUCUGAGGAGGAUGACCUGUAUGGCGGUUUGGACCUGGGGCUAGGUGCCACCAUCCCACAAAUCGAUGGUGCGGCGGACUCGCCGCCCCGGCGGCGUCACAGCCGAGGCGCAGACCCUGACGAGCGCUGGGAGAUGGGUGGCGCUGAUGGCAAAGAUGGCAAGGAGUGCAAGCGCCGCCGAAAAGACCGUGACGAGCGUAGCACCGAGCGGGAUGCGAAGCGGCGCAAGGACAAGGACAACAGGGAGCCCGAAUGGGCCUUGGGGCGGGCUGAGCGUCAACGCCACAAAGCUGAGGAGGAGCAACGACAGCGGGAUGCAGUGAAGCGACGGCGGCGCCGCCAAGAGGCAGAUGACCAACUGCGUCGCAGGCGGCAGCAGGAAGAAGAGGAGCGUUGGAGGCAGCAGCUUGAAGAUGAUGAGCAGCGGCGCCGGUAUCAAGAGCAGCAGCGGCGGCUGGAACAGGACCAGCGGCAGUUAGAGCAGGUGGAGCAACAGCGGCAGCAGCAGCGUGGCGAAGAGAAGCGGCGGCUGGAGCAACAGCGGGAGAAGGAGAAGCGGCAGUUCGAGCAGCGGCAGCAGGAAGAGGAGCAGCGGCGACAAAAGCGGGAGCGCUUUCCACUCGCUGAGCCUAAUAUGCGUGUGCGGCAGCAUAUGGAGCCUGAAGGCAUGCAGACACGCACCAACCAAGGUCCCAGCCGGGAGCAGCCUGCGCGGGAGCUGUCGAGGGCGGAGCGCAGCGCCAUGGCUGGCCCCACUCCCCCGGGGCCUUCACAGGAGCAGCAGCAGCGCAUGCGCCAGCAGAACGCUGGAGCCGCAGCCCCGCUCGAUGAGGCGGAGAAGUGGGACCUCUAUGAGCAGCAGCAGCGGUGGCGCAUGAUGAAUUACUGGCACUCGGCGCAGCAGGCAGUGGUUGUUGAGGAGGCGUUGCAGCAGCAGCUGGCAGCGGGUGCCAAGUCGCUGCUGGCAGUGCUGGCCAGCAGCCGUAACGGUUGGCACAUGCUGCUGAGCGAUGCGGCUGUUUUGGAGCAGCUGCUGCUUGCGAUCGACCCAGGCUGUUUGGCGGCAGAGUGUCCUAACGAGGGCGCCUCCAUGCUGCAGCACCUGCUCAUUGCGGAGGCUGCUGUGGUGCAGCUGUGCAGCAGCAACCUGGAGACGGAGGCGGCCGAGGUAGCGGCAGAGACAGCAGCGUCACUGCUGCACGAUUGUGGGGCCAGCGGGCGGCGGGCACUUGUGCAGGUGCUAGCAUUGCAGUCGGAGGUUGCGGUACCGCGCCUCUUGCUCAUGCUGCACCUGCACUGCACACUUCUGCGUGCAGCUAGCAGCACCACGGCUAGUGGCACGAUUGGCCUGGAUGGCUCAACAGCUGCCCUUCAGCAGCAAGAUGGGCUGGACUUUGAUUUGCUGUUGGCGUCGGCGAGCGCCUGCAUGCAUGCACCCCAGCUGGUGCUGGCGUUGGCCACUGCCACGCACGCAAACCUGCUGGGCUGCUGGCAACAGCAUGCGGUGGCUCUGCAGUUAGCGGCAUCGACAGAGCUAAGCGAGCUGGAGGCGCUGCAGGCAGAUGCAACGGCGUCGGUUGCAGGGUUGGGUGCCACCAAGUCGGCGCUGGCCAGCCUGAAGGGCGCGACGGCAGCGGUGCUGGCGCUGCAACAGCAGUGCAGCAUCUCCGCAUUAUUCACCUAUCUGGGGGCGGAGCUGCCAGCAUUUGGGGUCCCACCUGCGGUAGCAACCGCUGAAGAGGACAGUGGCAGCGGCGUGCAGGCCCCUGCUGGCACAGUGUGCACUGUGCAUUGGACAGCAGUGGAGGCGCUAUUUUGCUCUGCCGGGCGUGCUACUGCCUAUGCCGCCGAUACGGAGGGCGCGCUGUUUGUGCUGCUGCGGGCCGUCCUCACCGGUGCUGAGCUCGCUGAGGCGUCAGCUGCUGACAGCAGCUGGCAGCCCCUGCUGUUGCAGCAAGUGUUUUGGGGCACUCCAGCGGCAGGACUGGAGACUGGCCAGGUCACGGUGCAGGCCCCCCCCUCGGACCGCAAGUACCGCGCGGCCCUGGCUACCGCCAUCGAGCCCUGUAGGGCCUCCUUCCGCCAUCUCAUUGCUGCAGCACUGACCAGUGAAAGCCGACUGCUGCGUGCGGCAGUGGUGCGGGUUCUUGCACGUGCUUCAGGCCUGGGAGGUGGCAUGGGCCCAUUUCUAGUACAACCGCUGCUGGAGGAGCUGCAAACAGUGGCGGAGUCACCCGCCCCGCUACAUGAUGGGCGCAGGCUGCUGGAGGUGAUUGUCCCGCUAGUGUACCGUCCCGCCAUCAAGUCUGCCAUGCUGGCGGCCCCCUUCACCUCCACCCUGGCACAAAUGCUAGGUGUAAUGACAGGCAAGCUGUCGUCGCCGGAUGAGAGCAGCGAAGCGCUUCACGUGUGCACCAUGGCCAUGGAGGCAGUUGUGGUCCUGUUCAACCACGAGGUGUGCCUCAACCCGCUGGCCUCGAAGGAACAGCGGCAGCUACAUGACAUGCCGCCAGUAGCAGAGAUCUGCGUCGCUGCGGAUGAGGUCGACAGCCCAGGAGCGUCAUCUGCACAGCAGCGGUUUGUUGCAGCGCUCCAGGCGUCGCUCCAGGCGGCAGCAGCGGCAGGCCUAGACGUUGGCGGCGAUGAACAGCGGUGGGAGGGUCCUUGCACUGCCGAGUCGGGGGUCUUGGACCUGGUGCAUGACCCCGCCACACGCAUGUUCUGGCGCAACGUGAGAGCCCGGGCUGCCACUCAAAGCCAGGCAUCGUCCGCCCACGCCAUGCGGCGCUUUGCCAGGCGGGAAGUCCAGACUGACGCAGAUGCCAGCCUGGAGGGAUCAUUGCACCCGACACUAACGCUGCCUAGGCAGCUUACAAAGGUGCCUGUUGUGGACAAGCCGUCUCAGCAACAGCAGCAGCAGCAGAACCAAGAGGCAGUUGCAGCUCCAGCAGGAGCUUGCUUCAGUCCAACGCCUGCUGCAGCCCACACACCAGAGCAGCAGCAGCACGGCAGCCCACCUGUUAUUGCUGGCGCAGCAAUACAAGCACCAGCUGUGAAGGCUGAGCCUGUGGCAUUGCAGCGGCUUCAGUCUGUGCCGGGGCAGCAGUCCAUGGAUUUGUAUGGCGAUCUGAGCCUGCAGGCCAGUGGCUCCCGGCAGCUGCACACUGCGGGUAACGUUGGAGCAGCAGCAUCGUGGCAGCAACAACACCAUCAACAGCCGCCCAUUUCCCAGCAGCAUGACGAUGGGCAAGCAGCCGCUCAGCCUUCUAUGCAAGGCAGAACAGCGCAAGUCAGCGCAGCCAUAAUUCCCCCCCAGCCAAACCAUGCUGCACUGGAUGCUCCCCCAGCUGAGACAGCACGUCUUCCACUGGACAGCACGGGUUCCGGAAGCGUACAGGGUUUGCUGUCCAACCCAGGAGCCCUGCAAGCUCUGCUUAAGGACCCGGCCCAGCUGCAGCGUCUACUGGAGAAGCAUCCCACGCUCAUUUCUUUGUUGAAGUCCACCUUGGGCAAGGUGCCUGCCAAAUGACAGGAUUGGAAUGGAAACACUUCUUGCUUCUUUGCAGAUUGUAAACAUUCCGCUGUGC